UGUCACACUCUCACAUUCCAGACAGGUAAUCACAGGUAGUAAGGAGGCUCUCAGACGGUCUUGGGGGGAGAACGGAACCAGACAAAGAUGGGACUGGGACUCUACUGGGCAGUUCUUCUGUGGGUGAUGGUAGGGGCGGGGUCUGGGGUGCGGAUCGUGAUCAACACCUGGCCAGUGACCAACUCCACGAAGGCAGCUUGGGGCACAUUGCUGAACAACGGAAGUGCAGUUGACGCCGUGGUCAGCGGAUGUAGUCAAUGCGAGGCUGAGCAGUGUCGGGGGACGGUGGGACCCAACGGAAGUCCUGACGAAGAAGGGGAAACCACUCUGGACGCCAUGAUUAUGGACGGGUCGACCAUGGAUGUGGGUGCCGUGGGAUGUCUCCGCCGGGUGAAGACCGCCAUAGCUGUGGCCCGGGCGGUGAUGGACCACACAGACCACACCCUGAUGGUGGGGGACUUGGCGACAAAUUUUGCCUUGGAGAUGGGAUUCAGCGAAACAAAUUUAACAGGGAAUAGGUCUCUGAGCAAAUGGAAAGCCUGGUUGGCGAGCCACUGCCAGCCGAACUUUAGACAGGACGUCACGCCGGACCCGCGGCAAAGUUGUGGGCCUUACACUCCCAAAACACAGACAAUGGAGGAUCCCGAGGAACAGGACAGUCCUGGUAACGACAUUCAGAGUGCCUCUGCGCACAACAUUGGCGAAGAUAAUCACGACACAAUCGGAAUGAUUGUUAUUGACCAAUCAGGAAGAAUCAGUGCUGGAACGUCAACCAAUGGACUCACAUAUAAGAUACCCGGACGUGUUGGGGACUCUCCGAUAAUGGGCGCCGGAUCUUACGCAAUGAAUGGCGCUGGCGGAGCAGCGGCGACCGGAAAUGGUGACGUCAUGAUGAGAUUUCUUCCAUCUUUUAACGCAGUGUCACAAAUGCAGGCUGGGGUUGAUCCAACAACAGCGUUACAGAAAGCGAUGGCACCCAUUAUAAAAUUUUACCCAUCAUUCCAUGGGGCAAUGAUUGCUGUAAACAUGGAUGGCAAAUACGGUGCUGUUUGCCAUGGCUACACAAACUGGACAUUUUGCGUAGCAGACGACUCUUCACCGGAAGUCCAACUUCACUUCAUAGACUGCAAGAGCAGUAUGACAGGAGUGAAUUCAGCAAACGCGGAUACAUACCAAGCUAAACUUUUACUUAUCAUCUUCAUCAGCAGUUUUGUAUUUUGAUGUCUUGUAAAUCGAGAGAACUAAAUUGUUGAGUCCAGAAAAGUGAGACGCGACCUACCCGAUAUUUAUAAUCAUGUCUUACUGACAGUUAGCUGACGUGGGUAUUUUUAGCAGAAGUUAUUUGUAAAAGGGUUUAUAAGAUUUAUCUUUUAAUGAAUAAAUCACCUUUCGACAUAAGGCACUAACUUUA